UUAGGGACGGUGCCCCCUCCUCGGUGUGGAUUGUAUAUGUGAGAGAAAUGGGAAGGGGAACAGAGAACCCGAGAAUCUGAAGGCUGAGGGAAGGGAAAUGAGCUGUUGUGAACUGCGGGGCAUGUAGGGCUUUUCUUCCUCCCCGUUGCGUCGUCCCGGGUUGACUUGGCUGAUUUGAUUGUGUCUUAAUUGUUUAACGAUUAGGAAGUGAUCGUCUGUACAGCCCCCACCCUCUUCUUUUUUUCUCCUCUUUUUUGUCUGACAUUUAAUCCAGACAGAAAGAGGGCGCGCGCCUUGGAUCCGUCAUCUCUUCGGACUUGUGAUGACAUUCGGGCUGGAAAUAGAUUGAUAAAGUAGAAACAUAGGAUAUGAGGACACGUCGAUGUCGAUGGAUGGAAGGAAGGGGGAAAAAUGACUGGCAGUUAGCUUUGGGGAUUGAAGGUUUCCCUUUGACCGUUGGAUCGAAGCAUAUGUCUGACACGAUCGAGCCAGCCGUUGGGUCAGGUGGUCCAUUAUGAUCAUCCAGGUGGGAAUACGCUGUGUUACGUCGACAAGCAAAUGGUAUGGUAUAGAACGACCACCGGUAUAUUCUGAUAGUUGCUGCGCAAGUGCUGGACGAUGGUUUGAUCGGAGGAUAUGAAUCGAGGGAACGACUGUGGUGGGCGAGUUCCACCGUGUGGCUGGUGUUAUGCGUCUCUCUUGAAUACCAGUGUAGUCUGAUUCGACGUAGGAAGCAUCAUUCCUGUGCAAUUGGUGCUGGAUUGGCGGCGGUGGAAAGUGUUGCGGCGUUCUCUAGUCCUCUGCGGGAUUGGUCCUCCUCGUCUAUGAGUGGCGAGAGCCUGGGCGGGGUAGGAGAGAGGGUGGUUCUCUGCCCACGACGGUCGCACUAUGUGUGGCUAUCAGAGUCCUUGUCCACUGAUGGGGUCGGCAAAGUGUUCGUAUUGAUUUAGCAUCCCUUUGUUGUUGUUGCUGCUUAAUCCUCCCCGACCGUUUGCGUGUAUCCUUCAGGCAUUCGCGGCUCCUUGCCGCCUUUAGUUCAUCAUACAUACUAGUAUUAUACCGCAUACAUAUUAUACCUAUUAUACCAGCCAGCCAUAAGAUAGGAGGUAUGACAGACACAGGCAGAUGCCUUUUUUUUUUUUUAGAUAGAGAUUAAGUAGAUCGAUGUAUAGACGGAGAAAUCAAAACAGUGGUGGAUGCUAUGUAUUCCCUUCCCCCCCCCCGGUCCCGCGCAAUAGUUGGGUCUGAGGAAGACUUCGUCUUUCGUUGAAUGAAUGUUUCAUAGCUGCUCGACUCAUGGGGCUUUCGUGGACAGAUGUCCGUGAUUGCUCCGGCAGUGCGUUCUUUUGAUUCUUUUGAUUCGGUCACGCACGUCUAUUGCCCCAACAGCACGCUGUUCGUUCAUUGAGGCACGCUGAGAGAGGAGAGAAGGAGAAAGAGGCUCGUCGUCGGCCCAUUGGGAGAGAGAGAGGGUCUUUUCUAGUGCGCGAAUAGCAACUAGUGAUUGGGAUCGAAACGACGAGGUAUUACUGAUAAGCUGGAUGAUUGUGGGAGAUUGAUCGCCGUGUGUAGGAUUUGGCCAUCGUGCGUGGUGGUUGCAUGUUGUUGGAUUGAAAACACUAUCUCAGAUCAGAUACCAAUGAAUGGCCACGAUUACUAGGCGAGGAAGACGCCUGUCGCGUGUUCGUGAUCUUAAGAAGUAAUGAGCUAUGGAGCGGUGCAGAGAUUCGUCGUGUGAACGUCGUCGCUGGACAACCCGGCAGAGUGGCGAUGGCGAGGUGGCCGGGGUCGGGGUUUCAGCAAUGUUGGGGAGCUACGGAGUGGGUUGUCUUUGAGAUGAGGGGGUUGUGGAUCGGGGGGGGUAUUAUUCUGAGGCUUGUUUUGGGGGCACGUUGGCAUGAUGGCAAGAGAUACUGCCGGGCAGGGAGGGGUCUGCACUUUGCCUGUGUUGCUGCGCGGGGAAUUAAGGAGUAAGUGGAGACCGUAGUCGAUAGUACUGGUGGUGAUGAGGGAACACACAUGAAUGUCCUGCCAGUCGCCGGCCAUGGCAGUAAUGUCCUUUGCACUUCAAUAAUGCUUGGAGUCGUCAGUAGUGGUCACUGAGUGUGUGGGAAAGGAUCGAUAGUACCAGAGCGUCCGGAAGGACGACCAAUCAUGCCCCUAUAGGAGAUUGGUCGUCCUUCCGCAGAUUGGUCUUCCCCUGCUGUGAAUUCGACGACCUCGUCGAGAUGGGCAUCAUCUGGUCAUGGGGAGCAGUAAAGAGGAGGCUGAGUUGGCUGCUAUAUUACCGCCCACCUAUCUGUCGUUUCGUUUGUGCUGGAGGAGCGCCCUUCGUUUAACUGGAUUGGGUCGGAGGUAAGUUUCGAACAGCUGAACGCGCGAUGACAAGGUGAUCGCCGACCCUACUACCACCGUUUAAUUCACUCCAGGAUAGCCUGCCGACUCUUCGGAGCAACUAUCUGGUUACGGUGCAUCGUUCGUUACAGUAUUGAACUCCCAGUUGUGUGAGUGACAAAUCAUGUCGCUCUUGUCGCUCCCUCUGGUGCCUAACCUAUACUGGUGCGCUGUCUUGGUCUUGCCUGACUCGUCAAAUCGGCGCAGUAGACGACUCUGUCCAUUCCGAUCACGCGAUGCGUGCGCAUGCCUCUGUGUGUGUGUGUGUGUGUGUGUGUGAGAGAGAGAGAGAGAGAGAGAGAGAGAUUAAAGUUUAAGUGGAGCGAAAGCUUGCGGCUUGCAACGCAUCUGCCAACUCUUGCAGAGUAUGAUUGCUGGAAGGAGUGAAAGAGACAAACGUGUGCAAACCAGUUGUCCAUUCUUCUUUUGCUUCGCUUCUUGCAACUGUCCUUCGCGCGGUUCUCGCCCAUCUCCAUCCCCCGCAGUUGUAGUCAUUAGGGGCGGUAUUUGCACAGUUGUUCGUUAGUUGUUCUAGUAGGCCUCUCGGCGACCGGUCGAGGUACUCCUAUUCGCUGUCGCGAUUCUGUACACCGCGUUAGACAGUCCGGAGCGGAGCUUUUCGUAACCUACCGCGCAUGUAUACGAAACGAUAAAGUACCGAGUGGCCAUGCUUUGGAGAAUAGGUGGCGUUGUGAAGAAGUACCGAACGGCAGUACGGCGGCAUGGCGGGCGACAAAGGACGAACGCUUGUCUACUUCGUUGUGGUAAAGCGAAAAGUUCAAGUGAGACGAGGAAAGUUGUGGGGUCUGUAGAUAGUUGGUGUUGAUGCCUGUCGAUGAAUUGGCAGUUACCUGUACAAAUCUGGGGGCUAAGGGCCGUGUGGGAGAGUUGUGAGAAUCUUGGUGGAGAGAGAGAGAGAGAGAGAGAGAGAGAGAGAGAGAGAGGGUAUGAAGGUUGGACACAAAGCGGUGAUCAAGUGUCUAAGUGGGAGGAGGGUGGUGGCCUACUGUUCUGACAUUGGGGCCAAACAAGUCCAGAAAACGAGAAUGGACAGCAGUCUGCGGCUUGGCCGUCUCUUCUGGAAAUCCAUAGUCAAUUGAGUGAUUGGUCUAAUUGAUGUGGGUGAAAGCGAUCGUAAAUGGGACCGCUUUUCGUGGAGUUUGCUAAUGUUCAAACGAGACGAUAUUGAUUCGAUCGAGGUAAAUGGGAGAAGAGAGGAAUGGUUCGUCCUCGGUGAAGGGCUAGCUGCGCGAACUAUUGCGCAGUGCAAGGAGGCGAGCGUAACAUUUUUAUGUCCUGAGAUUGGCGGUGUUUCUGAUCGAUCACGCUAACGAACUCGACUCCAGGAGCAGCGUGGAUUGCUUCCGAUGGAUGAUUCUUAGGAAGGGCAGGUAGUGUCAAUAAGGUCUCUGGGAUCCGGUGGCGUUUCGCCACCCACCUUAUUGGCAUGUUCUGUCAUGAGAUUGGCGGCGUUUCAACGCCUUUCGCCUCAUGUCAAUAAGCUGGCAAAAGGCGUUGAACAAGGGGUCGGGGUCAUGAUGACGGACUCUUGGAGUGCGAGGGGUGCGGGGGCGGGGUUGGUGGCCGCAUGUGCAUGUCCGUUUCGCUUUUAGGUACGGGCAUGUGCGUGCGUGCCUGUGUUUGUGCGUAAUUUCUUGUGUGUGUGUGUGUGUGUGUGUGUGUGUGCGCGCGCGUUGCAGAGGAGGAAAUGGGUGCUCAUGCGUGUGUUUGUGUGAAUUUCGGGGGGUGGGCGCGUGUGUGCAUGUGUGUGUGUGGAGAGAGAGAGAGAGAGAGAGAGAGAGAGAGAAGAGCGGAGGCGAAAUUUCAUAAGUUGUGAGAUUCUGCUGCAUGUACAGUUUGUGUCGGAACGCGAGGAAGAAGCUUGGUUGUUGGAGGGUGGUAGCGAGAGGAGUGGUGCUAGUCAUGGCGGUGACGAGGCAGAGAAUGUACAUAUUUGGGCGCUCGCCCUUGUAACAUUAGAAAUGGCUUUGUCCUUGUGGACAUGUUUCUCCUCGAAGCGUGUCCUUGUGUCCAUGUUUCUCCCUCUCCACGUCUUUGUAACUCUCUUUUCCCCUCUCUCCCUCUCUCCUUCUCUCCUUCUCUAUAUUGCUCUCCUUCUCUAUAUUGGAUGAACUGGGUCCGUGUCCGACACGA